GCCAAUGGUUAAUUGUAACUUUUACCAAACCGUGUAAGACGAUCGGCAGUGCAUCUUGAACGUUCUGUUUGAUCGGCAGUCUAACUUCAACCGUCACCGCUCUACUGCAAAACCCCCGCCACCGCAUCCAAAAGAUGCAUUCUUUCAUGCCCCCCACCGUCGACGGCCAGCUGCUUAGUAUUCCCAGUAUGACCCUAUCAGAAAUCUUGGGGUCUUUUUUCACUAAUUCAAUAAUGCAGCCUAUUAAUUGUGGGUAGAACAUGAGAACCCAAUUCGAUCGGAAAGAGGAACCAGUAAUCGUAACGGAAAUUCACCAGAGGCGCCAAACAUGUCGUCAAUCAGGAACGAUCGGAAUCUUUCACAAUAUCUCCCAAGAAAGACAACAGCUAAACAGAGCUUCCAGAACCGCUCGUUCCCCCUCGUCCUUGGAAUGGAACAGACCCAGCAACUUCUCGAUGAACGGCUGCUGGAUAAAAACCUAGAGGAGCUCGGCCCCAUCCUAUGCUUCACCACCAAUUUGAUGAGAAAUGCAUACGCCGAUUCCAGGACACGAAAGGCCAACAAAAUUACCUGGGCACGGCCGUCCCCAGAUUUCUUUAGGACGCCUCCGCCGCAACUGCAGGAACAAGACAAUCUCGAUUAUUUCGAAGCAUUCCAUGCCAAACACCGCAGUGUAAUGAAGUCCCUUUUCCAAGAUAGAGUGUGGCCCCGUCUGGAACUCGACUACCAGUUCCUGACCAACUACGUUACCGAUCGCAGACACAGGAUUCAGUUCAGCCGCCCUGUGAUUCUGAAGUUGCUGGAUAUUUUCGGCUCAGAGGAUGAGAGGGAGAGGGGUGCAGUUGCUACCCUUUUAAAGGGAAUCUACAAUCGAUUUCCAGAGCAUAGAAUUUUUAUCAGGAAAUCAGUCUACAACAUAUUCUAUCAGUUCAAUUGUUCUACGGAUUCGAAGCACAAUGGGCUUCCGGAGCUGUUAACUUUCUUGAAAGGAAUUGUCCAGGAACGUGAAUCUUUGUAUCUCGAAGAGGAGUUCAGGGUUUUUCUUCUCCGGUCGCUAAUUCCCCUCUACAAAUCGAAGUGGCUCGUUAUGUUUUAUCCUUUUUUAAGGAACUGCAUUGCGGAAUUCAUUAUGAAAGAUCGCAAGCUUGCCGACUCUGUUAUUCAGCGGAUCCUCAAGUACUGGCCAAAACCGGGGAGUUCCAGGGAAUACUUUUUCUUGGACGCGGCGGGGUGUUUUCUUGCGGAGGCGAAGACAUCGGCCGACUUUAGCAGCUCCAUGGUGGCUUUGUUGGAAAAGAUUGGUCGGUGCUUGAGUAGUCCGCAGUUCAAUGUUGCGGAGAAGGCCCUGUCCCUAUUGAAUGUCAAUGGAGGACUCGGAAUCCUGAUAAAGAAGAAUUUCAAGAUUGUACUGCAGAUUGUCUAUCCGGGGCUGAACGAAGCUGCUGCUAACCAUUGGCGGCCGAAAACAAGGAAGUUGGCAGUGAAGAUCAGUACGAAAUUGAAGACAAUUGAUCCUGUGUUCUACAACGAUGGCUUUGGUGCGGGAAGAUAGAUGGAUCCAAUUGGAAGGGAAGGCAGCUGCAAUUAAGUUUUGUUUAUGUUGAUCUGUUUCUAUGUUCUGUAUCAUUAUUGAACAGUAGAAGCCUUGUGAGAUUUUAAGACUAUGGCAGUUUUGAUGAAAGAAAAUUAGUAUAAUCGCUUGUAUCUAUUUCCCACAAUAUAUUGAAAUUUUUUGU